AUGAAUCACUGUUUAGAUCCUGGACAAAAACUAAUCGGGUACGCAGGUAAAGAUGAGCUGAAAGCGGCAUUUGAAGAAGUCUUACCGGACAAAGUUGGGGUCAAAAAGUUCGUCAAAGAUUUCAGAGAAGUCCAUUCGCUCAAUGGCAGGACUAUUUCUCCAGUUCUGCCACUGCUAAAGCUCGGAGGCAUUUCCUCAAAUCGUAUGGCCAACGAGGUGAAGAAUGCCCUUGUUGACAUCAUGAAGCGACAAAUAGCAACACUGGAACAAGAGGCUUUGCAGGCUUUAUUAGACAAGAGCUAUAGUUUUCUGACAGUUCCCGAGCUCUCACCAAUUGGUAUAUCCGUAUUGGAGCGUCUACACUACGUAGACCGCCGUAUUUGGGCACAGAUUGUUCAGAAUGGACUCGAUGAGUCUCCGUAUACGGAUUUACCGACUUCGAUUAAGAAAAGGAUAUGGCCCCAUGAAGUGUCCGCGUUUGAUCAUGAGAUUGACAAGGUGCUGGACUGCAUCACCGAGCUAACAACCCCUCCUGGUAUAGAGGCAUUUUUUGUGACCCCAGACCGCAAGAAAGCAAGGUCUGAGGAUCCCAUACUAACGGAUCUAAUGCGUCUGUCGAAUGCGGUAGCCUCAGAAGAAGGCAUGGUUGCUCGCAUUGUCGACAAGUUUGUUCAAAAAGCUACCGCAGCUCAAACCGGCUCUAAACGCAUCGCUAUUGCAAAUGUGUAUCACGAUUUUCUGACUACCGUGAACCCUCGUGUCAAUCCGUCACUGACCUCCUUGAGGAAAAUGGCAAAGUUUUUGGACACCCCGAAUGGCGAGGAUGACAUCGACAGCGACGUGCUGGGAUUCAUUCGGAAGAAUAUUGGAGUUGAAGCGUCUUGUGCGACUGUUGGGUUGCUGGUUGCUUCGUCUUAUUCUCGAGAUUUCCUGGCGUUUCAAUUGGUACUGAGACUACUCAAUCGCAGGGGCUCUCUUGGUGAAGGGAGGGAUCAGACAAUACUGGAUUGCGCUGCAGAACAUUUACGUGCUGACCCUUGGAUUCCAGACCUCACCUUCUUGACCCUUUGCAACAUGAAAGCGGCAGCACUCAUUUCGGAACACAAGGCCCCGACUGAAACGGAAGCCAACAUGCCGUUCCAAAUGUUUUUCCCUCUCCUCAUUCAUGAAAUGGAGCUAGAUGACCAGAGAUUUAGUGAUCAGUUCUAUGCCAUGAAUGCCGCGCUUCCAGAUCCCAAGUUUUUACAGAUCGUGCAGGCCGGGAAACUGGAACGGCGUGUCGUGACAUCAUAUUGCCUCCAACUUUUUGGCCACGGCAACUUUGUCGGCCUCUCUCGCUUCCGAUUGAUUUUGGAUGUCGCUUUCCACCAGAUGGAUCGUGAGGAAGAAGUACGGGAGACGAUGAUCGCUGUCAACUUGUUGCAACGGACAAUAGAGGAGAUGCACUCAGGUAUGGUAUCUUAG